GGGCGCGCGCGUUUCCGCCCGUGACGGCACCGUUUUUCCCGCCGUGGCGGCGCCGCGCCGACGUGGACGUCUCAUCGGCUCCUCGCUCGCGUCACCCCCAACCCGAGCACGGCACCGGCGGCCACUAUAAAGGCCGCGCCCGUGCCCCGGUGCACCGCUUCAAACCGGCCGGAUAGAGAUCGAUCCCCGGAUACGGUACUGCACUCGAUACAGGUGGAAGGGAGGGGCGGAAGGGAUGGGGGCGGACCAGUUCCUGGGCACGGCGGAGGGCGGGCUCGGCGGGGAGGCGCUCUACUGCGCGGUCAUCCUGUGGCUGUCCGUAGUGUCGUGGAUCAUCUUCACCUGGGUCGGCGGGGAGGACGGCGGCGGGAGGCGCGGGAGGAGGCGCCGGGGCAGCCGCGGGAGCCCCGUCUUCGUGGGCGCCGCGGGGAUCUGCGACGGCACGGGGCCCGGCUGCAGCGGCGGCUACGGCAUCUGCGGAACCUGCCUCGACUAGCCCUUUCGUUCGCCUCUUCUAUAGCAAGUUCGUGCGAGCGUCGGCGCGACGAGCAAGCGUGUACAUGCCGCCACCGACCGACGCCGAAGCGGGUGUGUUGUGUAGUGGCGUCGAUCGAUUUGGCGUGGCUCCGGAUGAGAGAAGGGAGGGCUCCCCUUUGUGAAGGCAAUUAGAGGGAGACCGACGACCGGUCUGUUUCGAUCUUGCUUCGGUUGCAGAAGCCGAGUUCUUAGCUUCUUUCUUUUUCUUUUUCUUUUUCUUUUCUUUUUGCGUUCCUCAAUCUGCUUGAUCUUCUGUAAAUAUCUCCAAGUUCCGUUUCUCUCCAGUUUAAUUAAGACGGAAAGGUACCAAUUAAUCAGA